UUGCAAAGCUCGAUUAAAAUUCAGAACAAAUCAACAUGUUCCAUGCUGUGGUGCUACUUGCCUGUCUCGCACUGUGCCAUAGCCACGCGGUGCCUUAUGCGCCAGUAGUGCCGGCAGUGCAGUCGCUACAUACUACUCCAUUGGUAGUAUCAUAUCCUCUUCAUCAUGGUUAUGCUGCUCACGGCUUGUACGGACAUGGACUUUUAGCCAAGCCUUUGGUGCAUCACAUCCUGAAGCGGUCUCCACACUACGGGGCUCCGUUGGCUCCGUAUACUCAUGUGGCGCCCAUCGCUCAUGUUGCUCCAGUUGCUGUUUCUCACCAGUCUCGCCUGGAUGUUCAUACAUCGCCUGCUGUCGUAGCCGCUCCUGUCUUGCCUGUGGUUAAGCCUGUAGUCACGCCAUUAGUCCACGCACCUUUGCUCCAUAAACCUUUGGUGUCACCAUUGUACGGAGCUGGUCUUUAUGGACUGGGAUACUACGGUGGUCUCUAUCCUCAUUUAACUCACGGCUCUUAUUAAACUUGUACCGAGUCUUGAUUAGAUAAUGUUGCAGUGUACCUUUGAUAUUGUAUAUUUUGAUAUAUGAUAUUGUCGUAAAAUGUUGUACAUUUAAUAUAGUUUUUGGAUGCAAAUAAAUU